AUGGGCGAAGAAGCCUCUAACACCGAUUCCAAGGAAGCGAGGCCACGCGCUGCUUCGGUGAAUAUAGACGUGGAGGAUGAAGGGCUUGCGGCUCGUCUUGUACGAGCCUGCUUGUCCCUGCUAGCGUAUGCAAUCAGACAGCUUCAGAACACUCUUACCAAAUCUCAAAAGCGGUCAUUGCUGCGCGUACGACAGCUUCUUACCAUCUGGGCCGACGAUCACGCUGUUGAAGAUGGUGACUUGGAUGCUACUCUACAGAAGUCGAAGCAUCUUAUGACAGUGGUCAUCUCAGUGCUGAAGGCACUACUCAGUACUUUGUUCGAAGACCUUCUCGCGGAUGAAGACUGCAAAGGUCUACGUCAGAAUGUCCUCCAGCUGUUGGAGCAGUCUACCUUUGUUGAUACAGAUAGCGACACGGAGAGUGAAGCCGAAUCACAUAGUCAGGAAACCCCAUCAAAACCAGCAAUCGCUAAACCUCUCUCUAUAGACGAACUUUUGCAAAAUAUCCGUGACGGUAUCCAACGGCUAAAUGAUCUCAAUGCAUCUCUUGCAUCACCUGUCCUAGAUUCGGUGCACGACCAAAUUGAAAGGCCGGCUACAGAAAUGGAGCAUGCUGCUCCACAUCAAUUCUUCUCAAGUUGCAUUCGCGAGCGCUUCUGCAAUGUGUCCAAGGAGCUCGCUGACCAUCUAGGAAUGUUGAAUCUAGAACGAUAUCAAAGGCUCUCGAGACUGAGGGUUAAAAACGAAGACGCAAUAGCUAUCAAUGUCUCUGAUGUGGUCUCCAGACGAGCAGGCUCUUCGUUCGACGAUUCGGGAUACGGGUCGGCACAUCAGCCUUCAUCCUAUGGACAAUCUCUACCCCCUAUGCCUUCGUAUACCCCUUCAGUGGCGACUACGGCACUCAGCUCAAGACUUUCCAGCCUAAUUGAGGGUGGGCGUUCAAAAUAUCCCGUGCUUCCGGAUGAAGCGAAAAGAGGUGAAUUGUUCGACUGUGCAGCAUGUGGACGGUACAUUCGGGCGUUGCGCAACCACGAAUACAGAAAACAUUUAAUCCAAGAUCUCGCGCCCUAUGUCUGCAUCUUCAAAACUUGCUUUUCUCGUAAUAAAAUCUUCCUCGACAAACGUCGAUGGAUGGAUCACAUUCUUCUCGAGCAUCGCGAGGCUGGCUUUCUGCAGACAAAUACAUGUCCUCUCUGCGGCGAUAAAAAGGUUGAAAAGGGAGAAAACGCUCUCUUGGAUAGUGUUGCAAAGCAUCUAGAGAAGGUUUCACUUCUUGCUCUGCCACUGGACGUUGAUGAAGAAGCUUCUGAGUCCGAGAGUUCUUCUCAACCCAAUGGAAAUGGAAUUGAAGCAAAGAAUCCAGAUCCCGAAUCAAAUGAUUCUCCAGAGAUCGCAACUGCACCUAAGACGACUCCAAGCGAUAAUCCCUCUUCAAAUAGCCAGGGAUAUCCAGGUAACACAGAUAUCAUACCAGACCUAGGAGUCUACCCAUCCCUUCAACCUUACCUUCAGGGCCCACCCCAUCCCAACACAGCAAUUGCUCCUAUGUCUAGGAAUGUACUAUCUUCAGAUUAUGGAAGGGCAUUUGUGCCGGACCCUGACGCAGCAACUGAUCUCCUACCUCCCAUUCCAUUGCCGAUGACUUCCCCUUUUGGAUCUACAGCGCAUUCGGACACAGCAGAAGGUCCUACAUUUGGCAAUACACUACCUUCAAAGACUUCGCAGCCACCGGUGAGGGCGCUAUCUAGCAGUUUAAUUCGAGAAGGACAGAAACCACAGCGAUCCCUACGACUGCUAUGUCCACACUGUAAUGAAAAUCCCGUAGGAUUUCGAGGGCACCAUGAAUUGCAGAGACAUAUGAUGAGAAAGCACACUCGCAAUCGGAAAUUUUACAUUUGCGUGGAUGAUUCUGAAGACAAGACGUUUCUCGCAAAUUGUAAAUCGUGUCUUCGUGGAAAGAAGUACGGAGCAUAUUAUAACGCCGCUGCUCAUCUUCGUCGAGCUCAUUUCAAUCCUAGAAAACGCGGUCGUGAAGCACAAAAAGAUGAAAGCUUAAAAAGAGGAGGAAAAGGAGGUGGAGUGGGGCCUUCUAUGGAUCUCUUGAAGGAGAGAUGGAUACGAGAGAUUGAGGAAGUUGUGGAGGAUGAUGCACCUUCACGUGAUAACGACGACGAAGGUGUUGACCGCCCUGGCUUCUCUGAUGCCAACGAAUUGGAUCAGAUAACAUUCCAGGCUGCCAAUGAUUACAUCUCUUUAUUCGACUCAUACGUAUUACUCCACCCGGAAGGUGUUGGCCGCCCUGGCUUCUCUGAUGCCGACGAAUUGGAUCGGAUAACAUUCCAGGCUGCCAAUGAUGACAUCUCUUCAUUCGACCCAUACCCAUUACUCCACCCGGUUACGAAUUUGGAUGCGACUGAGGAAAUCCAUACAUCUUUGGGCGAGGCAUCAGCCGUCAACUAUGCAAGUUUUGAUCAACAUUUCUUAGGGCCAAGCGGAUGA